AUGCUGUUGCAUACCAUUGGCAUCAAGUGGGUAUUCAAGAUCAAGCGGAAAGCUGAUGGAUCCAUCGAGAAAUACAAGGCGCGUCUCGUGGCAAAAGGGUUCAAGCAGAAAUAUGGCAUCGACUACACGGAGACGUUUUCGCCGGUAGUCAACUUUCCUAUACGGAGAAAUGAAGAGCAGGUAUUCUGCGCGAUCCCAGAAGGGGUCGAAGUUGAUGAAGACUUUGACUGCUUUGAACUGGUCAAGGCGAUCUACGGACUAAAACAAGCAUCGCGUAUUACAAGUGGCGAGUGCGUGCUUUUGCUGGUAUACGUCGAUGAUGUGUUGGUGACUGGCAGCUCAACCGAACCGAUUAUGCGCAACAAGAGUGACUUAAAGGCGCGUUUCGAAAUGACCGACAGUGGGAAGUGCGCAUUCGUGUUGGGCAUCGAGCUGGUGGACAACGACGACGGCAGCGUGACGAUGUGCCAGCGACGCUACGUGGAAGAUGUUCUCAAGCGUUUUGGCAUGAGCGACUGCAAAGCCGUCACCAGCCCAACAGACAUCAGUUCUCGACUCAUACCAAGUACCGCAGCAACUAAAAUCGACGCCCCGUUUCGUGAAGCAGUAGGCGCUCUGAUGCACUUGAUGACCGCGACACGACCGGACUGUUGA